CCUUUGGCUACCGAGGCGCCGCGACGCUGUUGGCGUCGAAGAACUUGGGGGCGCGUGUUUCCCGCGUGUCGCUGGGGGCCAGCUCCGGACAGUCCGGGGACGUGAGAAAGCGCGUCUGUGCGCCGGGGCUGCCGGGCGGGUGACGGCAGUGAGGCCGCAAACAGCUGCCACCUCCGCCGGUGCUGUGGGAGCGAAGCCGCUCCUCUCGGGCGGGUGAUGCUCUAAUCAUGUCAGAUAAAGAUGAUACUGAGACUCCAGUAAUAACUGAGACCACCCCCGUCCUUAAUGAUGGAAACUGUGAACCAGGCAAGAAUCCAGAGUCUGCUGACCAGAGUGCCAAGCCAAAGAAUAAACCAGAACUUGUGAUAUCCACUCGGAGAAGACCAGAAGUCAAAUGUGCCAGUGACCUUGAAACUCCAGAGGUUCAGGAACCUGUUUCUAAAGAUGUAACCCAGAGUGGAUGGGGCUACUGGGGAAGCUGGGGCAAGUCCUUGCUCUCCUCAGCUUCUGCUACAGUGGCUACAGUAGGACAAGGUAUUUCAAAUGUUAUUGAGAAGGCAGAGACUUCCCUCGGAAUCCCUAGUCCCAGUGAAAUUUCCUCUGAAGUCAAGUUUGUAGCAGAAGAGACGAAUACCAGAGACAAAGAAAAUUCCUUGGCUGGUCCAUUUGGUGUGUUCUCGACUAUUUCUACUGCUGUUCAGAGCACAGGAAAGAGUGUUAUCGCUGGAGGUUUGGAUGCCUUAGAAUUCAUUGGGAAAAAGACAAUGGAUGUAAUAGCAGAAGGGGAUCCUGGCUUUAAAAGAACUAAGGGUCUGAUGAACCGAAAUUCUACACUGUCUCAGGUUUUACGAGAGGCGAAGGAGAAAGAAGAGCUAUGGACCGCCAAUGAGGUUACCAUGGAAACUGACAAAAAUACUCAUUAUGGGCUGCUCUUUGAUGAAUUUCAAGGCCUUUCCCAUCUAGAAGCUCUGGAGAUGCUUUCCCAAGAAAGUGAAAUAAAGGUGAAGUCUGUCCUUAAUUCUCUGAGUGGAGAAGAAUUAGAAACCCUAAAACUUGAAUUAGAGCAACUCAAAGAAGCAUUUUCCCUAGCAGAGUUUUGUGAUGAAGAGGAAGAAGAGCAGAAAGGGGAUGAAGAUUUUACCAAAGAGAUAACAGAGCUGUUUUCCCAGCUGCACGUCUCUUCCAAACCAGAGAAAGUUGCCAGGGCAAGAAAUACUGCUUAUGAAUGGAUCAAAGCAAUGGCGUUAGCAGAGAAAAAAGAAGGAGAAAAAGAGUUGGAGGGAGAAAAUACUGAGAAAGUCUCUAAAAAUUCAGUAGAGGCUAUCCAUGCAUUUGCAAUCCGGAGCCUGGCAGAAUUGACUGCUUGCUCAAUUGAACUAUUUCACAAAACAGCAGCAUUGGUUCUCCAUGGCCAGAAGCAGGACGUGACAGCCCUGCAGAGGAGCCAGACUCUUUCCCAGGUGACGGUUGUGUUGUGUAAAGAGUUGUCCUCUCUAUCUAAAGAGUUCACCACCUCCCUGACAACUGCUGGGGUCAAAGAAAAGGCAGAUGCCCUUAACCCGUUAAUCACUGCAGUAUUUCUAGAGGCAUCAAACAGUGCUUCCUACAUCCAAGACGCCUUUCAGCUGCUCUUACCUGUGCUGGAGAUCUCUCUCAUUGAGAAUAGGACUGAAUCACCCACGCAUGAACAACAAGUCCUGAAGCCUUUGUCGGAACAUUGAAGAUUUUUAACCUAGGAUUGUGUUAGUCAGGAAAUGGCCACAUAAAGUCAGGCAGGAGAACAAGUUUAAAGUGCAGAUUUAUUUCUUCAUUUGGCUGAAGUAUUCAGGUCCUUGUAUUACUCUUCCCAGUUGUUAUAAUUAAUGAGUUAUUUAAAAAUAAAUAUUUGUGGAAAGUCCAAGGAUAAUAGCUUUAUGCAAAGGCUAGCGAGGACUCAAGAAAACAUACUUGUUUUUGGUAUAUUGCAAAACAUUAAUGUAAUUUACAGCUAAUGGAUAAAACUGUUAAGCAAGUGAAAAACAACUUAGUUUAGCAUUCUAGAAUUCACCACAUGCUUGGUUUAUAAAUGUCAUAUACUUGAUCCUUUCUAGAAUAGUCUGUGGCUUGAAGAAAACUAGGCAUAUAUAAACCGAAAUGAUUACCCUCUACUAUGUAAAUUCUUGGAAAUGCUUAGGAAAUUUAUUCCUGUCUUUGAUUCUCAGUAGAUGUUUGGCAUUGAGGAGAAAUUUCUAAAAUAUUAUACUCAUAGCCACAUGACCUAUAUCAGCAAAGUGCCCUUUCGCUUCAAAUAACUCUCCCAUCCCGGAUGACAAGCUUCAGCAGCCAGCUCUUACUCAACUGGAUUCAAAGCCAGUAAAUUCAACGUAGAGAAAGUUUUUUGUUUGCAGAUACUCCAAGACUUAUUGGGUUGGCUUUUGUUACCAUUUUUUGCACAGUCUAUAAGCAGGUAAAUUCUUUGACAGUGAACUCCAGAGGAGUGCUGAUGCCCUUUUUAGUGGGCUUUUGUUGUUUAUUAUUGAAGUCAGUCGUACACUCACAGAAUGAUGUUAUUUAUAACAGGCUUUAACCUCUGAAAUGCAUUUUUUUCUCAUUCUUUUUUAUUUUAAUGUAUUAUUCAGCAUGCUUUGAAAUACCACUUUUGUCCUUCAGAUCUUAAGCUUUUUUCUGUUCUCUUCAAACACCAAAAGCUAUUUUGGUAUCUACUCUUUUAAAGAAAUUUUCCAACUUUGUGGUUUUUAGUGAUUGAGGGAAAUUUUGUGAGCAGUGCCACUUCUAAAUUCCUUAAAAUAAAAUGUAAUUGUACCCACUGAAGUGUGGUAUUUCACAAAUGUCAGGGAUUAAAAUCUUUUACUGUAUUUUAAUAUAACAUGCUUUGCAUUUUCAUAGAAGGCUUAAAAAUGAAGCAUUGAGAAAUGAAGUUCUAAGUAGACCCAGCCUCUUAGUUGUCAUGUCAUCAGGCCCUCUGGAAGUUCAGAGGGCAGGUUUUGAAGACCCUUCCACUGCUGUGACUUUGCCCCUCCAUCCCAGUGCUCCUCAGUAUCAUCCUGUCACCUGUCCAGGUUCAUGUGAGGCCCCUUCCUGGAAUCAUCCCAUCACCUGUCCAGGUUCA